UAGAGAGAGAAGAUAACUACUUAUAUAUUAAAAAAAUAAAGGAAAGGGAAAUAAGAAUUAUAGAAAGACUAGACGCGGUGAAGAAAAUUAAAAAAAAGAAAAAAAGGAAAUCACAGUGAAGCAGCAAUGGAGACCCCGCAGGGGAAUUUUUUAUAGUUAUUUGCAAUCCCUAUUUGGUUAAGCAGUUUAGUCGCCAUGGCUUGAGACAAGCAAUCCCUUUUCAGGCCUAACCACAGCUAUGUAGACUUCCCAACUCCUGACGUAGCAAAGCGAUUUUUUUAUUUUUGAUUUCCCUUUCUGGUUUGGCACAAUCUUUCAUCUUCUUCUCUCUAUCUUCUCUUUUAGGGUUUUGAGUCAUGGAGGAUUUUUGAGAAAGUUUUGGGGAGGGAAGGACUUGAGGUUGACGAGAAAGCGCAGUUUUUGAAAUACAGUGAAAAUUAUAGAAUUUGGAUGAGUUUUGAUGAUUGGGGUUUUUAAUUAUUGUAAUACUCAUGGCUGUGGUAAGUCCUGCUCCUGCAAUUACUCAACAGAUGAGUACGAUAAAUUUCCCUGAAUACAGAGUUCCAGGAAACAUGGCAGCCACCACGGAGAUAGUGGACGAGCCGGUGGCGCGGGUAAUUGAAGAGAAGAUAUUCGUUGCGGUGGGAAAAAAUUUGAAAGAAAACAAAUCCCUUCUUAUCUGGGCAUUACAGAACUCAGGAGGGAGGAAGAUUUGCAUCAUUCAUGUUCACCAACCCGCGCAGAUGAUUCCGUUGAUGGGUACAAAAUUUCAUGCAAGCUCACUUAAAGAACAGGAAGUCAGGGCUUACCGAGAAAUUGAAAGGCAAGAGAUGCAUAAAAUACUGGAUGGGUACCUUUUUAUUUGUCGGAAAAUGGGGGUCCAGGCUGAGAAACUGUAUAUUGAAAUGGAAAGCAUUGAAAACGGAAUUUUGGAACUUAUUUCUGGGCAUGGUAUCAGGAAGCUUGUUAUGGGAGCAGCGGCAGACAAGCGCUAUUCAAGGAAUAUGAUGGACGUCAAGUCUAAGAAGGCCAUCUCUGUGUGCCAACAAGCACCUGCUUAUUGUCACAUAUGGUUUAUUUGCAAGCAGCACCUUAUAUACACAAAGGAAGGUGCUUUGGACGCAAAUGGUACAGAGUGCAGACAAUCCUCACAGCAAGCAAGCCAGAACACUGAAACUGGACAAUCAAAUCAUUCGAGGUCGCAGUCUUUUACUCUAGGUCAGAAAAAUCACCCAAAACUUACCAAUCCAGCUCAAGAUUUAUUGCGCAGGGCAUGUUCUGUGACUUUUGGCCGCCAGGGAGGAAAAUCUCCAGCUCUUGCUUUGCCAGAUAACGAUGGCAGGCCAUCAGCUCCACAUAACAUGUCAGAUGCAGAAGGAGCUUCAAAUGUUUCAUCUGCUUCAUCUGAUGAAUGUGAUACAUUGUCAAGGAGUACUUCUCGUGGUUCCCUUCUCUCAACCUACUCUUCCAGUGGAAUGGUCAAUGUUGGUUUGGUUUCAUUUGAUAGAACUGAAGGGAGUGAGAUUGGAUCAGAGUUGCUCACACUGCCUCAUCGUAAAGAGGAUCCUAUCCAUUCAACUCCUCCCAGUGUACUGCAGGAUCGAAAUAUAGAGGAUCCUCUCUAUGAUCAGCUUGAACAAGCAUUAUCAGAGGCUGUAAAUUUAAGGAAAGAAGCAUUUGAAGCAGCUGUAAGGCGUGCAAAAGCUGAAAGAGAUGCGAUUGAGGCUAUACGCAGGGCCAAAGCAUCUGAGGGCUUGUAUGCUGAGGAGUUGAGACAAAGGAAAGAAACUGAGGAAGCGUUAGCAAAGGGAAAGGAAGAACUUGAAAAUAUAAAGAAUGAGAAGGAUGAGGUCAUGGAAGAACUUCAUAUUGCCCUGGAUCAAAAAAAAUCGCUGGAGAGGCAAAUUGCUGAUAAUGAUCAGAUGGUAAAGGAGUUGGAACAAAAAAUAAUUUCUGCUGUGGAACUGUUGCAAAAUUACAAAAACGAACGAGAUGAAUUGCAGUUGGAGCGUGACAAUGCACUCAAAGAAGCAGAGGAGCUUAGGAAGAGUCGAACUGAGGCCUCAAGUUCACACAUGCCACAAUUCUUCUCUGAUUUUUCAUUCUCAGAGAUCGAAGAAGCAACUCAGAACUUCAAUCCAUCUCUCAAGGUUGGGGAAGGGGGAUAUGGUAGCAUUUAUAAAGGCUUAUUGCGCCACACCCAAGUGGCUAUAAAGGUGCUGCACUCUCAUAGUUUGCAAGGACCUGCUGAAUUUCAACAGGAGGUUGAUGUUUUGAGCAAGAUGAGGCAUCCAAACCUUGUCACACUCAUAGGGGCUUGUCCAGAAGCUUGGACUCUUAUCUACGAGUAUCUUCUAAAUGGAAGCCUUGAAGACCGACUGAGCUGCAGGGGUAAUUCUCCUCCUCUGUCUUGGCAAACUCGAAUACGCAUUGCCACCGAGUUAUGUUCCGUCCUCAUCUUUCUUCACUCUAGUAAACCACAUAGCAUAGUGCAUGGCGAUCUAAAACCUGCUAAUAUCCUUCUUGAUGCCAAUUUUGUGAGUAAACUAAGUGACUUUGGAAUCUGUCGUCUACUUUCUCAAAAUGAAGACGCAAGCGUCAAUACAACAAUAUGUUGCAGAACUGACCCCAAAGGCACUUUUGCAUACAUGGACCCGGAGUUUCUUUCCUCAGGAGAGCUUACUCCAAAGUCAGAUGUUUAUUCAUUUGGGAUUAUAUUACUAAGGCUGUUGACUGGAAGGCCAGCCUUGGGGAUAACAAAGGAGGUGCAGUACGCAUUAGACAAAGGAAAUUUGAAAAUCCUCUUGGAUCCUUUGGCUGGAGAUUGGCCAUUUGUACAGGCAGAACAGUUGGCCCACAUGGCUCUGAGAUGCUGUGACAUGAAUCGUAAGAGCCGGCCAGAUCUUGCAUCAGAAGUGUGGAGGGUACUUGAACCAAUGAAAGCUUCAUGUGGAGGCUCGUCAUAUUUCCAGUUUGGCUCAGAAGAGCAUUGCCAACCUCCUCCGUAUUUUAUAUGCCCAAUCUUCCAGGAAGUCAUGCAAGAUCCCCAUGUAGCAGCUGAUGGUUUUACUUACGAAGCAGAGGCAUUAAGAGGAUGGCUGGACAGUGGACACGAAACUUCGCCCAUGACCAACCUUAAGCUUGCACACACAAAUCUGGUGCCCAACCAUGCUCUUCGAUCAGCAAUCCAGGAAUGGCUGCAACAGCAGUAGAUAAUGAAUUAAUUCUCAUUUAGUUUUACACCAUAUUUAUACUCAUAUAUAUCUAUAGCCAAAAGAAAUGUCAUUACUUUCUCCCUUUUCCCUUAUCUUUGUUAUAUUGUAAAGAUUAUGGACGACGGGACCGCAUGCUAGAGUCCUUUUCCUGCCGCUGUACAGAGGACAACAGAUAUUGGUUCAUUGAAGGUGAUUUGAAAUUGUGCAAAUAAAUGUCUUAAUCCUUAUCAUGUUAAAAA